CCCUUCACAGUUUACCUCAACAUUAACGCGUCGACUUCAACCUAACUACUUGGUAGUGGAGGAGCAUACCUGUAGUUCGCGCAGCGUUACCCUCUGGAAGUGACGGGAAAACCUCAGGAGGAUGCCGAAUUUUUCGAACUUGAAGUGAUAAUCGUUCCGGCAAGAUGUGAGAUGAACCGGGUGAAAACAGCGACCGAGGCCAACGACAUCAUGUUGGUCCGGAGCUCGCGUGGCCGAGCCAAAGUGACUCAUGCGGUGGUGGUGAUCUUCCUGGAGUUCUUUGCCUGGGGGCUUCUGACUACGCCCAUGCUGACCGUUCUCCAUGAGACGUUUCCUCAGCACACUUUCCUGAUGAACGGUCUGGUUCAGGGUGUGAAGGGCUUCCUGUCAUUUCUGUCGGCUCCUCUGAUUGGUGCUCUGUCAGAUAUCUGGGGCAGGAAGUCCUUCCUCCUUAUGACGGUCUUCUUCACCUGUGCCCCCAUCCCCUUCAUGAGGAUCAGCCCAUGGUGGUACUUCGCUCUGAUCUCAGUCUCAGGGAUUUUUGCUGUGACCUUCUCGGUGAUCUUCGCCUACGUGGCCGACAUAACAGAAGAGCAUGAGAGGAGCACCGCCUACGGACUGGUCUCAGCCACCUUUGCAGCCAGUCUGGUGACGAGCCCAGCCAUUGGGGACUUCCUGUCAGCGAAGUACGGUGACAGCCUGGUGGUCUUGGUCGCCACAGUGAUCGCAGUGGCGGACAUCGCCUUCGUGUUCUUUGUCGUCCCGGAGUCGCUGCCAGACAAGAUGAAGCUGACAUCCUGGGGCUUCCCCAUCUCGUGGGAGCAGGCCGACCCCUUUGCUUCUCUGCGCCGUGUGGGGAAAGACAGCACAGUGCUGCUGAUCUGUGUCACAGUGUUCCUGUCCUACCUGCCUGAGGCCGGACAGUACUCCAGUUUCUUCCUCUACCUGAGACAGGUGAUUGAGUUUUCACCUGCAGCUAUCGCUGGCUUCAUCGCCAUGGUGGGAAUCCUCUCUAUAGUCGCUCAGACUCUGUUCCUCAGUAUUUUAAUGAGGACCAUCGGUAAUAAGAACACGGUUCUGAUGGGUCUGAGCUUUCAGCUCUUCCAGCUGGCCUGGUACAGCUUCGGCUCUGAACCAUGGAUGAUGUGGGCAGCAGGAACAGUAGCAGCCAUGUCCUCCAUCACAUUCCCAGCUAUCUCUGCUCUGGUGUCACACAGUGCAUCACCGGACCAACAAGGUGUGGCCCAGGGGAUGAUCACUGGUAUCAGAGGUCUGUGUAACGGGUUGGGUCCAGCUCUCUACGGCUUCAUCUUCUUUGUCUUUCAUGUGGAGCUGAACGACAUGGAGCCGGUGUCUGGAGGCACCACACCAAACACAGAGAAGCUGAUGGUGCCUGGUCCUCCCUUUCUGUUCGGGGCGUGCGCCGUCUUACUCGCCCUCAUCGUCGCCAUCUUCAUCCCCGAGCAUCACCAGCUGGGCGACAUCAAGAACUGCUCCACCUGUAAAUCGUCAUCCUCCAUCACACACUCUCAGAGCGGCAGCCCUCUGGCCACGUCACCCAGCGACACGGAGGACAUCGAGCCGCUCCUGCAGGACAGCAGCUUGUGACUGACAAACAGCUUGGCCAAUCAUGGCGCUGAGGCCUGUUUGCUAGUCCCGCCCCCUUCAAAAUAAAACCCCCUUUUAUUUUUUAUUUCUUCAACCCCCGAUGAGAUUAAGGAGUCAGGUAGGCGGCGAUCACACUGACGAGCUUUAUUUACUCACAUGAUGGAUUAUUUUUAAUCCUUUUGAUAAAGUUAGAGCUCAUUUAUUCAGCAGCAAAGUGUGUGACAAACUAAAAUCCAGACUUUCAACUUGGUUUUAAAAGCUUUUUUUUUCUGCUUUCUUAUUAUUGGGUAAGAAAGUUUAACAGCUUCUUUAUAGUCAUUUUCUCACUUUUUUUUAGUAAAUGUUGAUCUUAAUCGCACCUUCUGCUGCUGUUAGGCAUGAGAAAUUAAUGCAAAACUCUGGCCUCGUUGUUUCCGCACUUAAUACUACCUGUGACACCUGUCUCAGGUGUGUUUGGGCAGGUGUAACCAAAGGGCUUUGAACCCUCAGUGGGACAUACCUCAGCAGCAGGAAGCAGCAUCUCUGUCUCAUUCAGAGUCAGAAAGGAAACGUAAAAACUGAGGCGUGUAGCAUUAAAGCAGACGAACUGCAAGCAUCACUCAUGUUUGAUCUUUCACUGAUAAUAAACAGGAAAAAUACAAAAUAUAAACUAUUUUUCAGUUUGUAUUUAAACACCACUUUUUAAUCAUAAAUCUUUCUGUUUGCCAAGAUGGCUGCAGUUUCAGUAAUUCCACCCGCUAUUAUCUGUUGUGUAGCAAACCUUUGUUCCCAUCGUGUUCUUCAGUCGAUUGUUUCACUUUUUUGAAUUUUUCCUGAAUUUUUUUUUUUUUUUUUUUUUUUUUUUUUUUUUGGUAAGACUGUGCACAGGGAUAAGAGUCAGCAUAGCUCCAUCUCUCCUGAUUUGAUUUUAACAAGUCUGACAGAAAAAUGAACAGAUUUCAGAAACUUUAAAACAGCCCAGAAAUGUCAGGAAAGGAGCGUUUUCCGAGCUGUCAGUCUGUUUGCCGCCUAAACACUCGAGUCAGAUGGCCUUUCCAAUACACUUGACUCCACCCGUCAGAGAUGCAGAGGUCAGGAGACCAAACACCCCCAGCAGUGACUUGACUUGAAGGUGUGUUGAACUGAUCACACAGCUGACUCAAAAAACUCAAACCUGCAGAAACCUUUAACCACAAUGGACACACUGAGAGGACCAUGACAUCACAGCCGCUCUCCACAGGUGGCUCAUGGGAUCUGAAGCCCUGCAGUGGUUGUUUGUAGAUGAUGCUGUUUAUGUAAACUCUCCACAACUGACUUCAGAUUCCUCCUGGAUAACUGUUAUUCUGACAACGGCUGGCAUGGUGGUCACUCACACUGAGCAUGUGCAGACUCUGACAGGCUGUGACAUCAUCUUGAUCUCCAGAGAGGGAUUGAGCGAGCAGCAAAAAAACACAAACUCUGAUAGAUACCUGUUUAGGAAAUGAUUUUAAACAGUUUGAAGUGCUUUUAGGUUUUUAACUUGUGUAGAGCUGGACGGUGUCAUGGAGGGACAAAAACAUCAGUAUGACGAGUUUAGAUAUUCCAUAAUCGCAGACGCUGUUGACCGUCUUUUUUUUAUUUAUAUGAUGCAGCAAAAAAGCCGAGUGGAUUCAUCAGGGUAGAGUUUAAACAUUACAGAGCCUCACAGCCUUCACUUGCCUUUGUUUGGUUGUUGAACUUGAGCUCAUGCUGCAUUUAAAGUGAUGUAACUGCAGUUUUUAAUGAUUUUGAAAACAAAACUCUACAUAUAUUUUCUAAAACUAUUUUUGCGGGCUUUCUACCUUUUCUAGACAGCAUAGGUGAAGAGGGACAGGAAAUAUGGGGAGAGAGUGACAUGGACCAGGCAGCAAAAUCACAUUAAAACCCAAAUUUCCCAAAAUAUUUCUGAAAUGUUUAGGUCAAACUUUUUGAAAAAGCCUAAAGAUUCAAACAAAAAUUUCAUCCAAAUAUCAUGAAAAUUUUAUUUACAGGAAAAAAAAUCUAUAAAAUUCCAUAAAGUCCAGAAAAUUCUUGAGAAUAUUCCCCCAGAAAUUUCAUAUAAAAUUGCCGAAAAUCCACCUUUACUUUCCCCAACAUUCCAUAAGAAUGACAGAACAUCUUCCCAAAUAUUCAAAUGAAUUCCCUGAAAUUUACAAAUACAGUUCCUAAAGUUCCAUGAAAACACCUAAAUAUUCCGAAACAAAUUUCUCCAAACAUCUAAAGAAAAAAAAAAUCACAAAUUUCAAUGAAAGUGCCAAAAAAUUCAGAGCAUAUUUCCCUAAAAACUUUUAAUGUAACUCUCCAACACAUCCCUAAAUUAUUCAAAAAUACUUCAAAUAUCCAAACAAAUUCCCCAAAAUUUCCCUGAAAACUCCUUAAACUUUCAGAGCAGGUUAUUUAAGAAAUGUAAGCAAAAACUUCUGAGGACAUUUUAACCUAAAAAAAUCCAACAGAACAAUGAUUACUUAGUUGUGGGAAAGUCAAAUGUAAUGUUCUUACAUGUACCUAUAGGGUCUGCGGGAAUUUAGGAUGUCAGAGCAGCAAACAUAGUGUUAAAUGUCAGAGCCUGAAUUUAUCAAAAAGCUUUGUCCAAAUGAAAUGAAGGCAAAGCAGAAACAUCCAGAGACAGAUAAAGAGUGAAGGUUGCAGACUAAACUAGUGAUGGAAGGCUGCAGUUUUUCUAGAUCUUCAUGCUGAUCUGUUUUUCCCUCCAUGAACGGCUCCUCUCAUCAGAUCACUGUCAGUGUCAGAAUUAUCAUCUGUUCUUUUCUCUUUGAAUACUUGAAUUAGUUCAGUUUGUUGGUUCUUUUCAAGCUGUUCAACCUGAAAGUGCUCCUCCCAUCCAACCUGCACACCCAGGUGGAACAGAUCAAGCGCUCCCAGUUACUGAUGUAUUCCCAGUCGUCUGUGCAAUGGAAGCUCGAUUCUCUCGCUGUCUUUGAUUUUUAAACCUCAGAGCGUAGAUGAGUUUGAACUUUCAGACUCAGACGGUUGCUAGAACCCGUUGGUGCCAUGUUUUUAUUUUUCUCUCUCUAGUUUUUGGUCACAUUUAGCUUUUUUAACUGGUCGGACUAUGGCAUUCCUUUAAAAUCCACCUAACCACUCGUUUAAAGCUGCUUAAGCUACAGUCCCUACUGCAAAGACAAACCUCUGACAAAGACGGGGACGAAAGGCUGAGGUCAGAUGAGAUGUUACUGUUUCCAUGUUUCCCCGCGUGUUUGCUUACAGAAUCGUCUUUUUCCUCUCAUUCCUCCAUUUUAAAUCCAGCAUCCGUGUCGUAACGGCUACAAAAACACCUGAGAGUCCUGAUGAUGAGGAAGAUGAUGGUGUGUAGCGUCAUGAAGCACAAUCAUGUUACAAACACAGAUUUGUCCUUUCAUACAGUAGAAGACAUUUUAUCAUUUUAUCCACAGAAGACUGUCGGCUUAUUGGAAACCAAACUUUCGGGCUAGACUGAGACCAGAAACCAGGAUCUGCUUGGUUUCUCUCUCCAUCACUGAUCGCCCUUAAAGAUGUCAAACACAGGAAGCUGGACCUGCAGUAUAUUUUUAUAGUCAGUCAGAAAUCCUGCAGAGUAACAUCCCAGAGUCCACCACAGCAUAAUGACUACAUCUGAUACAGGACGGUUGUCAAUUUAGCCUUGGGUUUUAAGUCAGAGAUUCCCUCUAGCUUCAUCUUGAUGUUUCUAUUUAAAAAGCAAUGAAAAUUCUGUCUUAGCUAUAUGGUGGCUUCAUUCAAGCCUAAAAGCACUUUUUAUAGACCUGAGAUUUUAAAUGCUUUCACUUGAAAUCCUGCCAUUGCACCCAAAGACUCUGCUUUUCAUUACGUUACCGGUCUGCUCUGAUGCUGGGAAAAUAAGAUGUGCUUUCAUUUAUUUAUUUUUUCAAAUCAUGAUGGGAAACAUGCAUGACGCCGUAUUAGAGUCAUCUUAAAAGUUAAGAAGUAGAAAGGAUGAGUCAAUUUUUGAGAUUGAGUGGUUUAUUAACAAGAAACUAAACUUAAAAAUUCUGAGUUUAAAAAUUUGUAAAUAUACAAGAACAAAUCAAAAUGUCCAAAAAAAUGAACAGAUCAUCUCGUAACACUUAAUGGUACAAGUGUCACCAUUAAUUGGCUGCUUAUUAGCAUGCUAAUUUGUAGCUUACUAAUGGCAUUUUAUUCAUGUUUUUGUGCUUAUUAAAAUCUUAUUUCUACAUGACCAUAAUACAUGGAAAACAGGCCAUUAACUAAGAGUUUUCCCUUUAUGACCUUAAUCUUGCGUAUUAAUAACAAGCAUGGAAGUUAUUUCACAUUUGAACACAUUCAGAGUAAUUAAGGGAGAGGACUAUUCAUGUGGUACAACUACCUUAUGAGGGCCAUACUUAGCAAAGCAUAUUAGGGUUAUAUUCUAUGUGACACAACUUCCUAAUUUGUUAUUGAUAUGCCGUGAUAAGGAGGUUAUUAAGGGAAAACUAGAUUAUGGUCUUGUAGAAUUAGGUACUAAUAAGCUCUUAGUAAUGACUAAUAAGCAAUGAGUAAGCUAAUAAUUAGCCUGCUAAUAAGCUGACACAUGACUGCUGGUGUGGACGGAUAAUGCGGUGGGCUUGUACUCCAAAAACUACAAACUACAAAGCUGGAAGUGACGGCAUGAACAGCUCACAGUCUGCCAUUGCUGUUGUAGUCCAGCCAACGUCAUAAUAGCAGUUUACAUGAGUGGUGUUUCCAAAAGAGUCCACUCUGGAACCCAUUUUCAAGCACCCAGAACAUCAUUUUCAGGUAAACAGCAAAAAUAAGAUAAAAGGUUUGAGUUGUCAGCUCAGAUCGUUGUUGUGUAAAAACAGCUUGAACAGCAGCAGGAAGUGUGUGAGAGCAGUGGCAGAGCUUUCAGUGAAACUGUUGCAAACUCUGAUCCACAAAUAUUAACUUGUCUCCUUAUUGCAAGGUUUUAACAUGAAACUAUAGAAACAUAUUCUCUUUAGAAACCAAAAACAUAAUCUUUACAAAUAAUAAUCUAUGAAUGUCGUACUUAAUACCUAACUAUGAAGUAGUGAAGGCUGACUGUCCAAAAACAGGAACAGAGAAAUAUGCUUUGGUUUUUGGUUUUAAGGUUUUUCAACCUAGAUUAGAAAAUUUUUAGGCACAAACUCAGAAUGAUAUCCAUAUUUCCAAUUUUUUUUCACAGUUAAAAUAAGUGAUAGCAUAGCGCCUCUUAGAGGUACCAUGCUCCAUCCCAACUUCUUCCUAACCAGCAAUAAAAGCGGAACUUCUUUGCCUCA